CCCAAAUGGCGGCCGCUGCGGAUCAGGAUGCUGUGAGAAAGAAGAUCGAACCGGCAAUGGAAGAGCGCAGUAAAGAGUUACAUAUGGGAGAUCAAUCAACAGAGCCACAGCAAUCCCGAGCUGGCAUACGAAACAUCACCUCCUUGCUUGCUGAUCUCGGGUUCAAGGUCACGCUCACUCCCCAUGCCUACGGCGUUGAAACGGCGUUCAUGGCAGAAUAUGGGAGUGGUGGGCGCGUCGUAGCCUUCAAUGCGGAGAUCAACACAUAUGCUGAUCUCCGCCCAAACCCCACCAUCUGCACACUGUACGCAAGUGCCAUGAGCAGUCUCGGGUCAACCCGUCAAAUGCGACGUGCGAUCCAGUGGAGUGCCUGGGUCAACGGAUCAAGGGAACGUUUCAUACGAGUGUCCGGCAAUCCAAGCAUAUGGAGCGAUUCCAGCAGAGCCCGGAUGCAAGAAUCACACGCCUGGUUUCACUGCCGUGGCUGGUACAAGGGAGGCCCACGAUUUAUGUCUGGUCGCCGCGAAGGGUAUGGCAGUGGCGGGAUGGAACGUGUUGGCUGACGACACAGUGGCCUCAAAAGGUCAAAGAAGACUUUGAGGAGGAUAAAAGGAGGCGGGGUUAGGAUUCCUCAGCUCUAAUGAUUGGGAACAACUCUACAGUGAUGUUGUGGGCAUUGUAGAGAGGAAACAUAACGGUACUUAUAUUCAUCUAGGGCUGGGCCCAUCACCUACCGGAGAACCUAUACUGUACCUCACUCUGGAAAGGAAUGAACAGAGUCUAUGCGUUCUCUCUCUCCACGGGAAUAAAUAAAUAGG